GAUCUUGGUAACAAUGAGCUACAUGAUGAAUUCCCUUCUUGGUUGAGCCAUAUGACCCAUCUAAAGGUGCUAGUUUUGAGGUCCAAUCAUUUUUAUGGGCCAAUUAUAUCCACUGAUUCCGAGCAAACACUGCAGAUUAUUGACGUUUCAAACAAUGAGCUUUCAGGGGCUCUUCCACCUCAACUAUUCAAUAAUCUUACUGCUAUGAUGGUAUCUCAAUCAACAGAAGGAUCCAUGUUUUUGCAACUUUCUUCUACAACGCCAAGUUAUGUGGUGGUAAUACAAACAAUCAAAGGAGCAAGUAUGUUGAUCACCAAAAUAUUGACCACCUUGACAAUCAUUGAUCUGUCCAACAAUCUACUCUCCGGUGAAAUUCCAAGAGAAAUAGGAAAGCUGAAGGGCUUAUACAGUCUCAAUAUCUCAAACAACGAUCUCACUGGUGCCAUUCCAAGCUCAAUGGGAAAUUUGCAGACACUAGAGUCCUUGGACCUCUCUUGCAACCACCUAUCUGGAGUCAUACCAGUGGAGCUUUCAGAGCUCACUUUUCUUGGGGUCUUAAACCUGUCAGACAAUGAUCUGCAAGGAAGCAUACCUCAAGGAAAGCAGUUUAAUACUUUCGGUGCGUCUUCCUUUCAAGGAAACCCUAUGCUUUGUGGAUGGCAAGUGAAGAGGUUGUGCUGUACUGGAGGAGAUGGCGUUCAACAACAGAGUGGUGGUGGUGCUGCAUACAGGAACAGCCAAGAUAUGAACAGUACCUGGGAGUAUGGAGCAGCAGGUAUAGGAUUUGCCGUGGGUCUGGCAACAGCGUCUCUUCCCGUGUUGUUCAUCAAAACAUAUGGGGUUUGGUAUUGGGAUCAAGUGGACAAACUUGUAGAGUUCCUCUUUAAAAUUUGCUGCUUUAAACUUGGUAGCCGCAGAAGAUGAGUCUUAGAUUACCUGACAAGCUUUGGUCGUGAAUCUUGAACACAAGUGUUGUCUACCUUUUUAUUGUGAGAUUGCCGUAGGUUGUGAAUAAACAGGUCGACUUUGCGGCAAGAGGUUAGAGUUAUCUUAGGAAGUAACAAGUACAAAAGACUGAAGAGUGGCUUAGUUGUAUUAUGAGGUUAAAGCGCGCACCCCUUGUUUGAAAAAGUUCAAUUACAUUUGUAGUUCCGCAGUUGAUUUCUAAAUACAUCGCUUACAGAGAACGUACGACUAUAACUUGUCAACAGCGCAACCAGCACGUACAAAAUGGAUGACUGUGAGUGGGUGAGUGGGUGGGUGGGUGUGUGUGUGUGUGUGUGUGUUCACUAAGUAUAAACAGGUGCAUAGAUGGCCAUUUUCGGCCACUUUCACUUCCACAAAGAUGAUCUACAUAGCAUUACUUUAUACAAGCUGGCACUUGCAGUGACUAUACGUAAUUUCUGAAGAGAUCUUUCUUUAAUGGUUCAGAAAUCAAUGACUCGGUUUCUUUUUC